AUGGAUAAAUUCGUUAUUCGGAAAAGUGGUCAAAUUAAUACAGAUGAAGACAUGCCAAAGUUAUCACAGGUACCUUCAACUUCAAACGCAGAGGAAAACUCCCACAAAAGAAAGAAAUCCGAAUUUUUUGGUCGAAGGUAUGAUGAAAAUUAUUUAAAAUUUGGAUUUUGUGCUUUUAAUAUGGGAGAUUUGGUUCAACCACAAUGUGUAGUCUGUGGAGAAUUGCUCACAAAUGAAAAUUUAAAACCAUCAAAAUUAAAAAGGCAUUUAGAUACAAAACAUCCAAAUUUAAAAGAAAAACCUAUAGAGUAUUUCGAAUCAUUAAAACCUAAUACUUUCAUAAAAAUCAAAAAAUCAUAA